GGUGAAUGUACGAUUUACACCGUUGCCACGUUUCCGUAGUGUGAACGAUAGCAUAACAGUUUAUAAUGGUUAUAUUAGAUUAGUGUUAGAGUAUAGUGUUAAUUAAUUGGUAAGAACGAUGGCUUCCUUAGUUGCGGAUUAUGGUACUUCCUCAGGUUCAGAAAGUAGCGAUGACGAUAUUUCAGAAAAUGGCGAUAACACUUUUAAGGAGGAAGAACAAGAAGAAGAUGAUGAAGAAAAUUGUGAGAAUAACGAGGAAAUGACAAACAACACAGCUUCCAAAGAAAAACUUCCAUUGCCGACACCUGAUUUUAAUGGCACACCCACCAUGAAAACUUCAGUCUUCUCAAAUCCGUUUGUGGAAGCAGAGAAAGCAAAAAGUGCAAUCCUUGAGAAACAUGUAAAAAUGACACCAACUUUGGAUGACACAAAAAUGAUAAAUGGUAGAAAGAUUUGUUGGAAUUAUAGAAAAGGUAGAUGCCGCUUUGGUCAUAAUUGUACCUUUGCACACGAUUCUGACUUACAUCGAACAGCAGCUGAGUUAGAAGCUAUUCGAGCACCGCAGGAAACAAUUAUUUGUCAGACUCAAUACAAUGGACAGGUUUCCAUAAAUGACGAUGACGAGAUAGAUCAAGAGAACAAUCAAAUGAAUAAGCGUAAGAAAAGGCCAGGUUUAAGUCAGUCCUUGAUACCUAGUAAGAAAGUCUUAAAAAUGUACAAAGCGCAACAAGCUAAAGCCGUUAGUAGAUAAAUUAUACUAAGUAUUCAAAUUACACUAGCAUAUUACAUUGAAAGAGAAUAUUUCAUAGUUUUCAUGCUUUCGAUUUCGCGUGGGUAAUCGCUAACGAAAUGUUCUGAAAACUGUAUGUGAACAAAUGAUCGCAGUAUAAAAGGAUUUUUAUCUUUUUAUGUAUUAAGAGAAACGAAAAGAAGUAGAUACUUCCAAUAAAAGUUGCAUAAGGAAUAUGUCGCGAAUCGCCGCUACUUCGACAUCAAUGAAAUGCAUAUAAAUUAUUUAAAUACUUGAUAAUUAUAGGAAAUUGUUUGUUAUGUAUAUAAAAGUACAUUUUACUUGUAUAGUUAAUACUUCCAGGGACCUGCAUAAAUAUAUUUCUAUUCAUAUUUGACAUCCCUAACUUGCCCAUAAACAAUGAAAUAUGUCUUCUAAUUAUUUGCUUUUUUAUUAUACAAUUCAAUUGUGAUUCUUCCUCGAGAAGGCAGUUGCAGAAAAGUUCUUUUAUAUAAGGACUCAGAAACGUUCACACAUAGGUGUAUUGUUCUGUUGAAAUAUUUUACAAAAUUCCAUUAGAGCUUUAAGAAGUUUUAGAUGAUGUUUAAUGUACAGUGCAAACGAAUCAACACUUCAUGUGCUAUAUGUAUGAAAAGAAUUAUAUGAAUUAUGUACAAUAUUGUUAACAUUUUCUUCUGAUAAAAGAUGGUUAAUACAGUAUCUAUAUUAGGUACUAACAGUAAUUUAAUAUAACCGAGGUAUACCAAAAAUAACAAUUACGCUUCCACUAUUCGUUAUAUCUUUCUACAUAAUGUUAUAAAAUAUAAAUCAGGGCUUCUAUGAUUCUAUACCAAUGUGCAUAUACGAUUGUUAAUCUCAUAUUUCCAGUUUUGAAAUAUCGUAUAUCGUUCUUUACGUGCACUCCAACUACUUAAAUAUUUUUAAUGAAAAAAAAAGCUUUACUUAAUAUGGUAAAACACAGGAGUUUAGACUCAUUGGAGUUACAAAGAAAAGGAAUAUAAAUUCGCUGAUAAGUUUGAUACAAUUCAAAAGAGCGUUUACGGAUUCAAAAACAUUUAUAUGUAGCUGUAAGUUUUCUUUUUUAUUUUAUACAAUUGUAAGAUUACGAAGGAAAGUUAUUCGAAAAAUGGCAAUAAAUCUACAGUGACCAACAAA